AUGGUAGCCGUCAAGAAUCUUGAAAGUCUGGACAAUACCGACAUGGCAAGCAUUACGAAGGCUUACAUCUCCACAACCCUCGGCCAGGUGCAUUACCGCUAUGCACUACCAGCAGCCAGUUCAAGACAGGAAGAUACAUUAAUAUUUCUCCACAAGUCAGCCUCUUCAUCUGCAUCAUACGAACGGCUGAUAUCAUCCUAUGCCGAGAAGGGGUAUGCAUGCUAUGCCCCAGAUAUGCCCGGCUUUGGUGGCUCAUUCGAUCCAUCCGCUUCAGAAAUUGAGCAAAUUGAAGCACAGGGGACGAAAUGGUAUAUUUAUCUCUUCAUGGAAGUUUUCCAGCUACUCGGAAUUGAAUCUGCCCAUGUUAUCGGUCACCAUACCGGCGCUUCUCUGGCUAUUGAGAUAGCAGCCAUGUACCCUGAUUUCAUCAAAAGCGUUGCCAUGGUCGGUCCGAGCAUUAUGGACUCGACGAUGAGAGAGGAGAUGAAGAAAGUUUUCUUUGCGCCUUUCAAUGAGCCCAAGCCCGACGGCUCACAUCUACUCAAGACAUGGCUUUACCUUGAGAAAAUGGGUGUCGGUGAUGAUCUUGAUAUCCACCAGCGAGAGGCUGUAGAUCACAUCCGGGCAUGGAAAGGAAGAACGCAGAUUUAUGGUGCGCUGUGGAAGCAGAAUCAGGACGUUUACUACAAAGUUGUGAAGUGCCCUAUUCUGGCCAUGUGUGCGAAGGAUGAUGUCUUGUUUGAGCACUUUGAAAACGCUAAACGGCUGCGACCGGAUGUGCAGACUGCUGUUAUAAGCGGUGCAAACUUCUCUCUUGAUCGAGACCUAUCGGGGAUUGAAAGCGUAUGGACUGAAUUUAUCUGA